AUGUCCAAGGGCUUGAAGAAGAAAAGCCACUGGACGAGCCGAGUCCAUGAGUGUGUCAUCGUGAGGAACCAGGAGGGCCAGCUGGGCUUCGAGCUCAAGGGGGGAGCCGAGAACGGGCAGUUCCCGUACCUGGGGGAGGUCAAGCCCGGCAAGGUGGUCUACGAAAGCGGCGGCAAGUUGGUGCCCGAGGAGCUGCUUUUGGAGGUGAACGAGACCCCCGUGGCCGGGCUCACCAUCAGGGAUGUGCUCGCCGUGAUCAAGCACUGCAAGGACCCCAUCCGGCUCAAGUGUGUCAAGCAAGGAGGCAUUGUUGAUAAGGAUCUUCGUCACUACCUCAAUUUACGGUUCCAGAAAGGUUCAGUGGACCACGAGCUCCAGCAGAUCAUCCGAGACAAUCUCUACCUCCGAACAGUGCCAUGCACUACAAGGCCUCAUAAGGAGGGGGAAGUCCCUGGUGUGGAUUAUAUUUUCAUCACUGUUGAAGAUUUUAUGGAACUAGAGAAAAGUGGUGCUCUUUUAGAAAGUGGAACAUAUGAAGACAACUACUACGGUACUCCAAAGCCUCCAGCAGAGCCAGCCCCGUUAUUGUUAAAUGUAACAGACCAGAUACUCCCAGGUGCAACACCCAGUGCUGAAGGCAAACGCAAAAGAAAUAAGUCUGUGAGCAAUAUGGAGAAGACUGGCAUAGAGCCUCCGGAGGAAGAGGAGGAAGAACGAGCUGUAGUCAACGGGAAUGGCAUGGCAAUAACACCAGAAUCAAGUGAACAUGAAGAGAAGAGUACAGGUGCCUCAGGUGAAACUUCUUCUCAGCCUUAUCCUGCACCCGUCUACAGCCAACCUGAAGAAGUGAAGGAGGAUAUGGAUGUAACAAAACCACCAAAACCUGAAGAAAAUGAUGAAUUGGGCCCAUUGCCUGACAACUGGGAAAUGGCGUACACAGAGAAGGGAGAAGUCUACUUUAUUGACCAUAACACAAAGACAACAUCAUGGCUGGAUCCACGACUUGCGAAAAAGGCUAAACCUCCGGAAGAGUGCAAAGAAAAUGAGCUACCAUAUGGCUGGGAGAAAAUUGAUGAUCCCAUUUAUGGCACUUAUUAUGUUGACCACAUAAAUAGAAGGACACAAUUUGAAAAUCCUGUUUUGGAAGCAAAAAGGAAGCUACAACAGCGUACCAUGCCCAACGCAGAACUUGGAAGCAAGCCUAUGCCGGCCCUAGGUUUCCGAGAAAAACCGCUUUUCACCCGUGAUGCCUCACAACUGAAGGGGACUUUCCUCAGCACCACCCUUAAAAAAAGCAAUAUGGGCUUUGGAUUUACCAUCAUUGGUGGGGAUGAGCCCGACGAGUUUCUCCAGGUGAAGAGUGUCAUUCCCGAUGGGCCUGCAGCACAGGAUGGCAAAAUGGAAACAGGUGAUGUCAUUGUCUAUAUUAAUGAAGUUUGUGUCCUUGGGCAUACUCACGCAGAUGUAGUCAAACUCUUCCAGUCUGUUCCCAUUGGUCAGAGUGUCAACCUGGUGCUAUGUCGUGGAUACCCUCUGCCCUUUGAUCCUGAAGAUCCUGCCAACAGCAUGGUGCCACCACUUGCAGUCAUGGAGAGGCCUCCAGUAGUAGUAAAUGGAAGACAUAACUAUGAAACUUAUUUGGAAUACAUUUCUAGAACUUCUCAAUCUGUUCCAGAUGUAACAGAUCGGCCACCACAUCCCUUGCACUCCAUUCCAGCAGAUAGUCAGCUUGAUAGCACAUUCCCACCACCUGUUCAUGAUGAUAAUGUAUCCAUGGCUUCUUCUGGGGCCACACAAGCUGAACUCAUGACCUUAACCAUUGUGAAAGGGGCCCAGGGCUUUGGCUUCACUAUAGCAGACAGUCCCACAGGACAGAGAGUGAAGCAAAUUCUAGACAUUCAGGGGUGCCCUGGUUUAUGUGAAGGUGACCUCAUUGUUGAGAUCAACCAGCAGAAUGUACAGAACCUGAGCCAUGCAGAAGUAGUGGAUAUACUUAAAGAAUGUCCAGUUGGAAGUGAGACUUCUUUGAUUAUCCAUAGAGGAGGAUUCUUUUCACCAUGGAAGACUCCAAAGCCUAUGAUGGAACGAUGGGAGAAUCAAGGCAGUCCGCAGACAAGUUUAUCUGCUCCAGCUAUACCACAGAAUAUUCCCUUUCCACCCACCCUUCACAGGAGUUCUUUUCCUGAUUCAACAGAGGCCUUCGACCCGAGAAAACCUGACCCAUAUGAGCUGUAUGAGAAAUCACGAGCUAUUUAUGAAAGUAGGCAGCAAGUGCCACCCAGGACUGGCUUUCGAAUGGAUUCCUCUGGUUCUGAUUACAAGGACUUGGAUGUUCAUCUUCGGAGAAUGGAAUCUGGAUUUGGCUUCAGAAUUCUUGGAGGAGAUGAACCUGGACAGCCAAUUCUAAUUGGAGCGGUAAUUGCUAUGGGCUCAGCAGACAGAGAUGGUCGCCUACAUCCUGGUGAUGAGUUGGUCUAUGUAGAUGGAAUUCCAGUGGCUGGCAAAACCCACCGAUACGUGAUUGAUCUCAUGCAUAACGCAGCUCGAAAUGGGCAAGUGAAUCUAACUGUGAGAAGAAAGGUGCUACCCACAGGAGAACCGUGCCCAGAGAAUGGAAGAAGUCCAGGCUCUGUGUCUACACACCACAGUUCUCCAAGAAGUGACUAUGCCACAUAUGCUAACAGCAAUCACGCUGGAUCGAGUAGCAAUGCUACACCCCCAGAGGGCUUUGCUUCGCACAGCUUGCAAACCAGCGAUGUCAUCAUCCAUCGCAAAGAGAACGAAGGAUUUGGCUUUGUUAUCAUUAGCUCCUUGAAUAGGCCUGAAUCCGGAUCUACAAUUACUGUACCCCACAAAAUAGGCCGGAUAAUUGAUGGAAGUCCUGCUGAUCGCUGUGCGAAACUAAAAGUCGGAGACCGGAUCUUAGCUGUGAAUGGCCAGUCUAUUAUUAACAUGCCUCAUGCAGAUAUCGUGAAGCUAAUUAAAGAUGCUGGUCUUAGUGUAACUCUUCGCAUCAUUCCUCAGGAGGAGCUGAACAGCCCAGCUUCCGCACCCAGCUCAGAGAAACAGAGCCCCAUGGCACAACAGCACAGCCCCAUGGCUCAGCAGAGCCCCCUAUCACAGCAGAGCCCUGUAGCACAGCAGAGCCCCGUAGCACAGCCGGCACCUCCACAGCCACUCCAAUCUCAAGGACACGAAAACAGUUAUAGGUCAGAGGUAAAAGCACGGCAGGAUGUGAAACCCGACAUCCGGCAACCUCCAUUUACAGACUAUAGGCAGCCUUCAACGGAUUAUCGGCAGCCGCCAUUAGACUACCGGCAUCCUCCAGUAUUGGAUUACCAGCAGCCGCCACCUCUGGACUACAGGCAGCCCCCUUUGAUAGACUACAGGCAACAUUCUCCGGACACCAGGCAGUACCCCUUGUCAGAUUACAGACAGCCCCAGGAUUUUGAUUAUUUUACUGUUGACAUGGAGAAGGGAGCCAAAGGAUUUGGAUUCAGUAUUCGAGGAGGAAGAGAGUACAAAAUGGAUCUCUAUGUGUUGAGGUUGGCAGAAGAUGGGCCAGCAAUAAGAAAUGGAAGAAUGAGGGUGGGGGAUCAAAUAAUUGAAAUUAAUGGAGAAACCACAAGGGACAUGACACAUGCCAGAGCAAUAGAACUUAUCAAAUCCGGCGGCAGGAGAGUACGGUUGCUGUUGAAACGUGGAACCGGACAGGUCCCUGAAUAUGACGAACCAAACUCCUGGAGUUCUCCCGCUGCCACCUCCCCAGGUCUGCCGGAAGUAACUAUUUCCCUUGAUGACAUUGUCUCACCAUUAUCUUCAUCACAUCUAGCCCAGCCCUCUGACCCUUCCCACCAGAUAAACCCAGAACCAACAUGGGAUAUCAAGAGGGAACAUGAUGUAAGAAAACCAAAGGAGCUUUCAGCAAACGGCCACAAAAAGAAAAGGUUAGGUGAGCAAAGAGAAAGGUCUGCAAGUCCGAAAAAGGUAGACAGGUCGAAGCACGAAGAGGCUUCCCGGAAAGGAAGCUCAGACGGAAAGAGUAAGGCUGGUGAAAGCGGCCGGCCAGCAUCAGAAUGUAAGGCAGCCGGACUAAGCACAAUGGCCGAGGCUGGAGUGCGAGAUCACGGGAGCGCCGGAAACCAUGAUGAUUCGGCUGGGAGGGCCAAGUGGCUGGAAAGCAAAAGAGGUGGAUCACUCGGAGCGAAAGAUCUCAAUGCCGCAGGUGUCACAGAGAAGAAACCGGCUGCAGCUUCCGAACACGUCAAGCUGGAUUCCAUUGGUGCUACAAAGGCGUACAGUAGCAAUAGCUGCAGCUCUCACGGAAGUGACCUGGAUCACAACCCGAAGGAAUCUGACCGUAAGCCCAGCGAGUUCCCACGGAAGGGACAUCUCCACUCCAUUCACACACGCAGCACCAACCCUACAGCUCGGAAGGCAACUGUCUCACCGGGACCGUGGAAGAUCCCUGGUUCUGAUAAGCUAUCUGGUGUACUAAAAUCAGGCACUUCUGCCAUGAGCAGAUAAAUCAGCGACUCUUGCCUUCUAACUGUUUCACAGUGAUGCAGAACCUCCUCCUUCGCGUCUGUCUCACAUUGAUUUACUUUAAUUUAUUUUAACGAUCACACACACACAUGCUCAAAACAUUGAGAAAUGGAAACAAUCAUGUGUAAUUCCAUGACAACGUGCAUAGCGUCUUAAUAAGUUGAAGCAACAUGUAGUCACACAGUAUUUAAAUGUGACCCUGAAGUCCCUAGAAUUCAUUUCAGAGACUUUGGCAGCUAUGGAAGAAACCAAAAUAAUAUGAAGGACAGUCGACCACAAGGACAGUGCAGUGUAGCUUUAGUAUGUUGUUUUCCACUGCAUGAAGGACUCGGGAUUUUCAUUCAAACUUUAUAUCAAGAAACUGGAAGAAGUUAGAGCAAUCACAAACUGGAACAUCGCCUUAAAUAAAACUGCACGGAGCAAGCUAAAAGUGGAAAUAGAAUCUUUUAUCUGCGUUAAAUGUUGUAAAUAAAUUGUUCUCGACAUAUCCAGACAGGGGGUUAAAGCAUUUGAAAUUGUACAUCCAUGACCUGUCUCCACUGUUAACCCUUUGGAAUAGACCACCCAAAACCAGUAGCAUAAUUCAUUAUGCAAGGUGAGGAACCCCUAGUGCGAUUAGCUGGUGCGAUACCAUGUCUACUGCCAUUUUUGUGAACAAACCAUAUUCCUGUACGUUGGGGGGGAAAGAGUUAAGGUGGGAAUUGUAUUUGCUAAUCUAGCCUCGAAAGCAAUUUACCACAGGUUAUUACCCCCACACACACUCUUACACACGUACACACACACUUACACACAUGCACACACACACUGGGAUUACCAGGUACCACACAAAACUCAACAAGGAGAACUAUAACCUGCAGUUCCCAGACCACUAUAAUGAGAGGGUGAUUCUUGACAGAUUAAAAGCUGCAGUUUCCUUUCAUAACGGCCUCUGCCUCCUGCAGGAAUUCAUAAGUGUCUCAAUACUUGUUCGACUUCCUUUUAAUAAUAUUCCUUUUAACCUUGAGUUCCUCUAAGAAUUUGAAGAAGAGGUCCCCCCAAAAAUAAAAUAAAGUCACAUAUCCAUUCAGGCAUCCAGCUCUUUUCUUCCUUCCAUGUUCUUCUUUGUCUUUCUUGCUUUUCACUUCCAAAUCUUAAGUGCCAUGAGAACAUUUCGUUCCACACCGAUGAGGUACAACUUCUCCAAUGAGCUCCAUCAGUCGGCUCUUUUUACCUGAGAGGUUUGCUAAUUUUUUUCCAGCAACAGCAAUACAAACAAGAGCGGCAGCAGCAGCAGCAGCACUCAGUAAUAAUGUGUGUUUUUUUAAUAAUAAAAAAAUCACGACGUUGAUUACACUUGGGAAUAUGUGUCUUUGGCAAACCCUCAUGUGACCUGGAAAUAUACACUGCUCUCAAUGACUGAGCGAUAUCCAGUUGCUGUUUAAGGUCAGUGGAAGUUUUGAUUUGGAGAAGGGUGUGAGGAGGUGAUGGGAUGUUAGCCAUUAAGAUUACAUUUGGUGCGAGAGACUGGCCUCUUGCUAGCUCUCUCAGGCCAUUUAUCAGCAAGAGCUGCUCAAGUUUCAUUUUUUUUUCCUUCAGGAGAGAUAGAAACAUCUUUCUACAGAAAUAGUUGGAAAAGAGGAAAGAAAGGAUCUUGCACCUUUGAAACAAGAUGCUUAUUUAAGAACUAGUCCCAUUAUAAUUUUUUAAGAAAGCACAAAGAUAUGUAGCUGUUUACAAAAUAUAUAUAUAGUUUUUAAUUAAGAAAUUAGAGAUAUAUCUUUAUCCCCGACCUAGAUGUUUGGCAUAAUUUGCUGUUAAUUUAUUAAAUCUGGAUUUUGGACAGUACUUCCCUAGUCUAAAUGGAAAUGCAUGUCCAACGAUAUUAUUUCCUACACGUAAUGAACAGAAACAAACAGCACUGGGGAGGGGGAAAAAACACCAAUUGAGAUUAUGCUUGCAUAAGCUCUGAUUUGCACAGUGCCCGGCGACUCAUUGUGCAGUAAUUGCUUUAUGCAGCUGUAAUUGAUAACCUGUGAAGACAGCACAUCAUCUAAACCCCAUUCCAAAUAAUAUUUCUGUGUAGUGUUAGCUGUGAAUUUACCUUGUACAGCUCUAUCGCUAUAAAUAUAAUUCCAUGUAUUAAUAGUCACAGAAAGGCUGUAAGUGAGCAACUAUUUUUAUGAAACGCACCACUAUGGAUAAAUUAACUUUUACAGAAAUCUUGUUUACUGUAUGAUAUUCUAAACCACUCAAAUAAAAUAUAUA